GUCAUUUUCGAGUGUGAAGAAGAUCUCACAUGGAAAAUUUACCCAACCAAAACUUUCAAGACGUUACAAGAGUCUUUGAAGACGCUGACAGAGUAACUAUCUACUAUCUAUCAUGAUUGAAGUGUGUGACAGGACACUCUGGGAGUUCAAAGAGGGGAUAGAAGAAAGGAACGCGAGAGACCCCGAUCGCAGACUCAACAUGGUUGAACAACUGUUUUACUGGAUCAGGAACUCUCACACAAGGACAUUGUCACCUUCAUGAUUGAUCUCCUACCUGGCGGAUCGGAGACAACAACCAGUACUCUUAUAGUGCUCUUAUAUCUCCUGGCCAAAUACCCACAAGUUCAAGCCAAAGUCCAAGAGGAGGUUGAUCGUGUGCUUGGAAGGGACUCUAGCCCAAUCACUGCGAAGCAAGUCAAUCAGUUGUCUUAUAUCAGAGCAACAAUGAAAGAAAGCUUUAGACUGUUACCACCUGUUGAUAGUAACUAA